UGGUGAUUUCUGCCUCACAUGGCGUGAACAGGGAGACACAGAAGCAGAAAAACCUGGUAUUUGGCAACACAGCUGUAUCCAAUGCAGAGAACAUGCACGUACAGUAAAUUCCGCUGUGUAAUAAUGGCAUGCAUAACUGGAAAGCAUUAAAGAAAUGCCCCUACGCAAUGGCCCUGUGCAAGGGCGUAGCUACCAUAGGUGUAGGGAGUGCAGCUGCUAUGGGGCCCAGAGCUGAGAGGGACCCACCUUCCAUGUCAAAGUUUGCAGGAGCACGAAUCAGCCGAGUCAACAGGAGCCCGCUACACACUAGGAGAAGGAUGGCUAAGAAGUUGCUGCUGGUUGAUGUGGACUGCGGGGUGGAUGAUGCUCAGGCUUUGAUGAUGGCCUUGGCCGCACCAGACGUUGAGAUCCAGGGGAUAACCUGCUGCUUUGGGAAUGCAACCAUUGAACAUGUUUGCAGGAAUGUCCUUCGUGUACUCCAAUUGUGUAACAGGAUGGAGAUCCCAGUGUUUCGUGGUUCAUCUCAUUCACUUUUGGGAGAGAAAAAUCCUGUGUUUUCGCAUUUUGGAGAUGAUGGUUUUGGUGAUGUAGGUGAUGCAAACAGCCCAGGACUGGAGCACUUACAGAAGGAAGACGCUGUGCAUGCUCUAAUAAGAUUAAUAAACCAGCACCAAGGCCAAAUCUGUGUAGUAGCAUUGGGGCCCUUGACCAAUCUGGCCUUGGCAGCGAAACUGGAUCCUACUCUUCCAAAGAAAAUUAACAAGCUGUACAUAAUGGGAGGAAAUCUGGAAGGCAGAGGAAACAAGACGGUAUGCGCAGAAUUUAAUUUCUACCUGGAUCCAGAGGCUGCUUACAUUGUAAUGAAUGAAUUUACCUGUCCUACAUUUAUUGCUAGCCUGGAGUUCGCCCGUGAACACAGCCUGACAACGGAGUAUUUAAAAAACUGGGUAAGCCAGGACACUGUAAAGGGCAACUUUAUGAAGAAAGUCACAGGCAGCUGGCCUCAGAAAAAAGUCUUUGUCCCCUAUGACUCCUAUGCUAUGGCUGCAGCCAUAGAUGAGAGUAUUAUCACAGAGUACAUAAAAUGUGCAGUCAGUGUCGAGCUUCAUGGUGGAUUUACAAGAGGAAUGCUGGUCCUGGACACAGAAGAUAAGUGGAAGAAAGAACAUAAUACUUUUCUGAUAAAGAAAUGUAAUCUAGAAAAAUUUAAAGAACUGCUAUGGUCUGCGCUGCUGUAGGAAGCUAAUGGCUUCACUUACAAGGGAGACUUUAUUUUAUUACUAAAACAGCAGACAAAAAAUAAAUCUGUUCUACAUGCAA